AUGAUUUGGAUUAGAAGCAUAAUUGUUGUCAUAAUUCAAAAGGAAAAGUUCUGAGUGACAGAAUGGACUCCAGGAACAUGGCAAUAGGAACAGUGAUCUCACUCCAGAGUGCACUUGGAAUUUUGGGAAAUAUAUUUUCUCUUUUCUACUAUCUACUUGCUUACUACAAUAAGCACACAUUAAAGACUGUAGAUUUAAUUCUUACACAUGUGUUCACAUCAAAUUCUUUAAUCAUUCUCUCUACAGGAGUGCCCCAUAUAAUGAGAGCUUUUGAGUGGAAAAUGUUCUUCAAUGAUGUUGAAUGCAAACUUAUUUUAUAUGUUAAGAGACUUGGCAGGAGCAUGUCCAUCACCACCACCUGCCUCAUGAGUGUCUCCCAGACCAUCACCAUCAGCACUAGUGAUUCCUGUUGGAAAGGUCUUAAAAUUAAAUUACCAAUACAUAUUCACUUCUCCAUUUCCCUCCUAUGGGUCCUGUACAUAAUAGUAAAUAUGAUUUUCCCCAUGUACUCAUCUAUGACCAAAAGAAAUAGCAAAAAUGAGACAAAAAAGAGAUAUUUUGAAUUUUGUUCUUUUUACACUCGUGACAAAACAGUAGAUUUACUGUACAUAGCAUUUUGGGUGUUCCCUGAAGUCUUAUUUUCUAUAUUCAUUGUAUGUUCCAGCAUCUCCAUGAUUGUCAUGCUCUAUAGACACAAGAAGAGGGUUCAGUACAUACUCAGCACUCAGGUUUCCACCAGAAUUUCCCCUGAAUCCAGAGCCACACAGAACAUUCUUGUUUUGGCUUGCACCUUUCUACUUUUUUAUUCCUUCUCCUCAAUUUUACACACCUACAUAGCUCUUUCUCAUAAUUCCAAUUUGUGGCUAAUGGAUAUCACAGCCAUUAUUUCUAUGUUUUUCCCUACGUUAUGCCCCUUUUUGAGGAGUAAUUUUUCCACUGCUUCCAGGUUUUACUUCUCCUGGAUAAGGAAUAUAAAAAUGAAAUAA